AUGCAACUUAGCCUUGAAGAGAAAAACGAGAAAUCUUUGGAUGAUGAGAAAAUUCAAAAGGCGCUUGUCACCGGCCUGGUCUGCGGCUUCAUCUUCAUGAUCUCUGUGAUCGGACUUGUGUGGUACUGCCAUUCGCGUAGGAAACAACAUCCAUCGCUCGAGAAAGAAAAAUUCCCGAUGAACCGGCAGAGGAGCCUGUCGACAGAUGGAACUUGCAAUACUAUUCACACCUUCCAUACUAACAACAAAGAAUCGCAAGAAGAUCGACGUCCCGCCGCCCAAGACAUCUUCGCACCGCUGCAACAGACUCAGAGUAAUGAUGAGCCCAUUAAUGCAAAUGACUUCCAACCUUCCACUUCGCAAAGCCGCUUUACUGUCGUGGCGGCCGAUGUCACAGAAUCGCCCAUGUAG